AUGCUUUUUCAUUGUAUAAGUAACAGUGUUGUUCCUAGCUGCAAAACCAACUCAACAGAUAACACCAACAAUAUGCCUAUGUGUUGUGACUGGGUUACUAGACCUGGAAGUUGGCCCUUGCCCGAUGAUCAGCUGAAGGGUCUUCUUAAGAGAUAUGACAAAAACAAAGAUGGCAAACUGAGUAGGAAAGAGCUGAAGGAAGCUUUCCGAAGCCUCGGCCUGAAAUUCAGUGGGUGGAGAGCUCGACGUGCCCUUCACCAUGCAGAUGCCAACGGAGACGGACUCAUCAGCGAAGAAGAGAUGAAUNUAAAAUCAGAUAACACCAACAAUAUGCCUAUGUGUUGUGCCUGGGUUACUAGACCUGGAAGUUGGCCCUUGCCCGAUGAUCAGCUGAAGGGUCUUCUUAAGAGAUAUGACAUAAACAAAGAUGGCAAACUGAGUAGGAAAGAGCUGAAGGAAGCUUUCCGAAGCCUCGGCUUGAAAUUCAGUGGGUGGAGAGCUCGACGUGCCCUUCACCAUGCAGAUGCCAACGGAGACGGACUCAUCAGCGAAGAAGAGAUGAAUGAGCUUGUCAAGUAUGCUUCAAGAUGGGGGUUUAUAAUUAGUUAG